AUUUUCCCAAAUUCGUUAAAACAUUACGUCAGGUUCAUCAAACAGGACUAUUACCUGAUUCUUUUAGGUCCAAGGAAAAAUUAAAUAUUCGAAAUGAUAUCGAAAUUGAAGCUCAUUUAGAAUCAUUAAUAAAACAGUUAUCAGGACGAAUUGUUGAAAAGGAUGGUAAUUCAAAGGAUAAAGAUGAGAAAAAUGGUGUUUCAAAUAUAAAUUCAACUGGUUGGAAGUUUGUUUUGGUAGAUGGGUUUCUCCUUUAUUGGGAUAUUCAAGUUAUCAAAGAACUAGAUAUUAAAUUAUUCGUUCAAGCUGAUUAUACGACGUUGAAAAAAAGACGAGAGGAACGAGCUGGAUAUGUUACCGCUGAUGGUUACUGGACAGAUCCACCAAACUAUUUUGAUACUAUGGUAUGGCCAAACUACGUAAAAUCUUACAAACGUUUAUUUCAAGGACAUUCAGAAAUUAAGCGAACCAUUAAUGAAUUAGUGGUGUUAAAUUCAAAUUGUAAAAGAGAUAUAAGUAUGAAUUUAGAGAUGGCAGUUGAGAAUGUUUUGGAGUUUGUUAAGGGCAACGAAGUUCAACCAAAUUCAGAAAAAGAUUAUACAAUUAUAUCCAAUGUUAUCGAUUGGAUAAAUUUGCAAAUUACCAAAGUAGAUAUUUUUGGCUUUACAUUAAGGUUAUACCAUUGGGUUCAACCCAACCAGGAUAAUAAAUUGUCUUAUACUCCCCGGCUGAAUGAACAAGCCGGCUUAGCCGCCUCAGCCGAUCCAGCCGCGGCUUAUAUUACUGCGACUCAGCCGUGGCUAAGCCGCGGCUGA